GUUUCGACGAACGCGACAGCCAAACACAGUCGCUGGGUCCUCACAAAGGUCGCAAAUGACGAGGAGGCAGCUGCAAGUUAAGUCACAACUAUAAUGCACAAGGAGGCCGAUUACUUUUUUGAAGUAGAAGUUGAAGGACAGUUGAAGGACAACUUAAUCUAUAAGUAGUUCCACACUAAGUACUUCUUAUUCUUAUUCUUCUACAGGUAGUAAGUUCUACACUUAGAGGACUACUAACUUACAGUCGUACUUAGUCGCUUUUAGUACAACUUAGUCGUAUUCCUUCGAGGAGGAUGGAGUAGUUCCACUUCUGCUGGCUCUAGUAUUACUUAGAGUUCAACUCUAAGUAGUACUUCUACUUUUUCUAAGAAAGGGAGAUACUACGAGAAGAAUUGGGAACCUCAUGCGGAACAGCAGAUAUCAAGGAUGUGGCCACGGAUUGCGAGCAGCCGCAAUUGAUGCGAAAAGUGAGAGAAUUGCUAGAGGAGGAGACGAGAACUUUCGACUGCCUUCCCUUUUUGUCGAUCGAGGAGUUAGCAUUGUUUGGGCUCCCGAAUGCGCGGCUAGACGGGACUAGAUUGAAAGACGAGAACGGUAAUCCUAUUGAUGCGACUGGCGCGCCGAUCCUGAGCACCUCCAUCGAUGAAGAUAUUGAUCAUGGUCCUCGGCAAGUCUUGAUCGCGGACAUGACUCCAGAUGCAAAAAAAAAGAGAAAGUCCCGAUGCCUCCAGUGGGUGUUCCGAGGAGCCG